AUGUACUCUCAAACCUCCCACUGUCCGUCAAAAAGCCUUCAAUUAUUUCCGUUUAGAGCUGCUCUGAUUUUUGAUGUUUUGAGGGCAGGCGGGGGAGAAAGACCGAGAUGGAGAUAUUGGAGACAGCAGCAACGACGACUACUGCAACAACACUGUAACAUGAACACCGAUGGACUCAUCUACUUCUCUGGGGUUUCUAUCGAUUGGUUGUAUCCAAUACAAGUGAAGGCUGUAAGUGGAUUUCAGUACUCAUGUAGACGAUUGAACCCUACCAUUACUGAUCCUCACUCCUACUAUCUUUCCGACUACCAUCGCUUGAAAGCCCGUGUUCUCAAUCAGCAACAGGAACCCUACAUAUCGACACAGACAAUCUAUAAGAUCGGUUUCACGUUUGGUAUCUGCAAUUACCCACACCUUCAAAAAGGGAAAUAA